CAGAAACAAAAAUGCUACUUUAAGAUGUACAUUUGCGAACGGUGUUAUAGCAACACGUCAAUAAUUAUUAAAGUGACGUUCCAUAAAAAAAUAAACGUGAAUAGAAAGUGAAUUCCUGAAGUUUAACUGCGACAAGUACGUCAAAAUCUACCUGAACUUCUAGAAUGUUCGACACGGCACUCUUCGAAGAACGCCUCAAAAACUUCACCCCUGAACCGUUAGUCCCUGUCGAAGCCACACCCCCUUCAGAAACACACACCGUCCAAGAAGACGCCACCACAAUCGACCUCACCAAAGUAAACUACUUAAAUUUUCUAAACAACGACGAAAUCAAAAAAGCCUGUGAAGACGUCAUCAGGGAGUAUGGUGUGGGCACGUGUGGUCCCCCAGUUUUUUACGGAACAACCGACCUCCACUUGAAACUAGAGCAAAGCUUGAGCGAGUUUCUCCAGAUGGGGUCGAACACAGCUUUGACCUACUCCUACGGUCUGGUCGCAAUCUCCAGCUCCAUCGCCGCCUUCUGCAAGGAAGAAGACUUCAUUUUUGCCGACGAGCGCGCAAACGCGGCCAUAGAACAAGGUUUGAUUACAUCCAGGAGCACAGUCGUCAGGUUUGGUCACAACGACCCGAACGACUUGAGGAAGAAAGCGGCGAAAAACGGGAACAAAUCGAAAAAGUAUCUGAUUGUGGAGGGGAUUUCGUGGACUACUGGUAAAGUGUGUCGUCUUCCGGAGUUUCUAGAAGUCGCUGAGGAGUUCCAUAUGCGGAUUUUUCUAGAUGAGAGUCACUCUUUGGGGGUUUUGGGUGCAAACGGGCGCGGGGUGAUCGAGCACUACAAUCUUGAUCCAAAUAGAGUUGAUAUGGUUAUAGCGACGUUCGAAGGAGCGGUGGGUUCGGUUGGGGGUUUCGCAACCGGUCCCGACUAUACCACGAUUGAGCGUCUGCGUUUGUCUAGCAAAGGGUUUCUAUUUUCGGCUUCGCUUCCGUCGUUUUUGGUGAAGGCGGUACUCAAAGGUAUCGAGUUGAUCGGGGAUAAACCGAAACGGUUCGCGAAAUUGGCGCAGUCGGUUCAUCAGUUUCUCCAGGAGUGUGGGUUUGACGUGGUGAGUGAUCCUGAAGCCCCGUUUAAAUUAAUUAGGUGCGAAUCGGUUGACUUGGAGGGUCAGGUACACCACUAUUGUAGGGAUAAAGGGGUGUACUUUAUUCAUAACGAGAGUGGGUUAGUUUUGAAUUUGAACAUCAAGUUGCUUGAGGAGCCCGAGAGGCUGCAACGAGUGUUCGACGUUUUAAAAGAGGCUUCGAAUGUGUUUUUGUAAAUUAAGCAACUUGACUUAAG